CUCCGGUAACCUUGUCAACAAGAAUUUAGGCGGUUAGUAGAAAGUAAACGGCUCGUGAACACCCUGAGUGCACUUUAUACGCUUCUUACGUUAGAAAACUUUCGUCUUCAGGCUGAAAAUGUCUGGCAAUUUUGAAGAGAAGAUUAAGAACUACAGGACAGCUCCUUUUGAUGCCCGGUUCCCCAACACCAACCAGACCCGGAACUGCUACCAGAACUACUUAGAUUACCACAGAUGUAAGAAAGUUCUGUCUGCUAAAAAUCAGAAGACGACUCCUUGUGAGUGGUACCGCAGGGUAUACAAGAGUCUCUGCCCCAUUGCCUGGGUUCAGAAAUGGGAUGAGCAACGGCAAUCAGGGACUUUUGCUGGAAGAAUUUGAAGGCAAAUUGUUCAUUGUUUCUUUUCUCAUCCCAUAAGCUUAAUAUGAAGCUUAAAUAAAAUACUGUUACUGUGAAAA